AUGGCGCGGCUCCAGUACGCGUGCGCGCGCCGUAGCUGCGCCGCCGCGCUGGCUGAGCACGCGCAGCUGCUGCAGCUCCUGCGCGAUGAUCGCGCGCGGCUGUUGCAUGAACAGAUCAAGCUUACAAACCUAACCUUGUCGGAGGAGGAGUGCGAGCAGCUACUCGACUCUAACAAUGUAGCGCUGUUCGUCGACAACGUACGCGCGCAGACGGCGGAGGCGCGGCGCGUGCUGCGUGACGCGGAGGCUCGGCGCAGCGAGCUGGCGCGGGCCGAGGCGGCGCUGCGCGAGGUGCGCGACCUCUUCGUGCAGCUGUCGCACCUCGUCGCGCAACAGCAAGAACAAAUCGACAGCGUGGAGUACUUCGCGCUGCAAGCCAGCGAGCACGUGGAGAGUGGCGGCCAGGAGUUACUGCGCGGCUCCGUCGGCCGCAGGCGGGCCCGCAAGAAGAAAAUCGGUCUUGUCAUUUGCUUGGCGUCCGGCUUCUUCAUAGUGCUGUUUGUGCUCAUAUAUACGUAACACGAGUACAUCAUGAGUCUCAACAUGGACACCUCACAUUCCCUGGCCGGAUGGCGGAGAAAGCUGGACAAUGGAUCGAGACGACUAUUGCUAAUUGUUAUUUAUUGUAUUUUAAGAUUACUAGUCAUUUUUGAAAAUAAAAUACCAUU